AGCUGGUAAGAUAUUUUCUACCUUUGGUAGAUUUACAACUGUACCUUAGGCACUCCCACAAAGAUUUGGGUCUAAAAUUUUUGUGAUGUGAGAUUCAUAAAGAAUUUAACACAUUUGUUGUUUAUCAUCUUGCCCCAUAGACAAAUUGGCAGUGAGGAAGGGCAAAACUCGGACGAAACACUUCCAUCAAACAGAUGACAGUAAAUUGGAAGAAUCAAUUUUAGUUUGUAAACAGAGUUGACAGUCCUCAAUUAAUUAAGGCUUUCGAGACUCGUUACAACUAUGGACUCGUUUUUGUAUUUUGACGAUAUCAAUGAUCCCGCCCUGAAUCCUAUGCUAAUUCCUGUGGUGGCCCACAUGAUUCUUGACUAUCUUCCCCCUAUCGAUUUACUAUCAUGCCGAGGGGUCUGUUCCCUUUGGAAAAAAGUGGCAAAUUCACUGCUUGUAGACCAACUUGACCAGCUUCCUCCAGUAACUUUUAAAAUAACAUCCUUGUCUAUAAGGAAUCCUGACCGCUCCGUUAGGUCCAUCAGGAAGAGCAAUGUCCCCGAGUACCUCGAUUAUUUAGAUCCUGAGGAUGAUGAUGCCAUCGAGGGUGAAUACCCCUUCCAAUUCUCGAGCUUUUACUUUAACAUGAUUUCCCUCAAGAGUUCAAGCAUUCAAGAUUUUCUCACAGUAUUUGGAAAUCACAUUAUAAAGCUGAAGCUCAAUUUGGAUUCUUUACCGCGCAAGACGCGAUCAGUAGGAGAAGUACAAGACUGCAUUGAUACCAAUUUUUCAGAUUCUGCAUCUGGCAUUGAUUCAGAAGCAAUAACAGAGUACGACCCACAAGGUGACAAAUUCUGCGAUUCGGAAACCUUCAGACGACUCCUGCUCGAACAGUGUACAAAUCUGCAACACUUAGUAAUCCUCGGUCUCCCGAUGAAUGUGGCUGCUAAAGGUUUCCUCAGAGAUGACGAUUUCGAGGAACCCACGCAAAUUGAAAGUAUUAAAAUUUACCACAAAAGCGGACGGCUGACAUAUUCUUCUAGUUUUGUUAGACAUUUGGUUACCAUAUGUCCAAACUUGGAAAGUAUGGGAUUCCACUCGAAUUUUUUUAGUGGAAACUACUUUACAGACUAUGAUCGCAUAUUCUGCAAGGCUUUACCUUGGAUCGAGAACCCAGUGUUCCUGACCGAUAUCACACUUUCAUUUACAUCUCGAGAAACACUCGACCUCCUGCUCGAUCGAAAGACUGAAUUAUCCCUGAAACGAUUAAGCCUGGGCUUAAUUACGACAAAUUUUGCCUUGUUGGAGGAUAGAUUAAUCGAAUUUUUAGAAGAGCAGAAAGACAGUUUAGAAUAUUUAUCCUUCGGUGCCGCCAAGAUGAAGAAGUGGUAUGACGGCGCAAUGUGCUUUGUACAUCAUCAGAGGGGUUGCAAAAUAUGCCUUCGAACCGGAGACCGUAUCCGAUUUCCGGACUGUAUGCCUAAAUUGAAAGUCUUGGAGUUAACGGUGCCAAUCAACCGGGCAAAAAAUUUUACAAGAAUAAUGGUGCCAAGGAUCAAUUUAAGGGAACAAUUUCCCUCCUUGGAAGCUCUCUGGUUGCCAGAGUCAUGCUCAAAUAAUUCAAACAAUGGACUCACAUUCUUCACGACAGGGAAUGAAGAACGACACGAACAACUGGAGUGGUUACAGUUCAAAGGACGGAUCAACGAGGCCACAAUGAUUCAAAUUGGAACACUUUUCCCACACUUGAAAGUUCUACAUCUUGGUUUCCAAUUACUUCCAGUUUUACAGAAGAUUUGGUCCUUUGCUUCCCCCUGCUUGGAAGAGUUAAUCAUUUCCUUGGGUUGGAACAAGCAGAAAGUUUUUGUCCCACUACAUGGCGAAACACCCAGUAUCGACUCCUUGUUCACCGGAUAUACUAAGGAACAACUGCAUUACAUAAAACAAGAUGGAAAAUUCGAAUUGAGGCCAAUCUUGCCAUCAAUCACCAAUUUGAAAAAUUUAAAACGACUUACAAUCUGGAACGAGAGCUGUGAAAAUUGCGCAAAUUGUGCCUAUGUGAGAAUGGAUGACUUUGUGAGUGAUAUCAGUGUCAAGUUUGCCUUUGAAAAGCUUAAAAAGUUGGAAUUUUUGCACGUGGACAAAGAGCAUCAGAUCUCCAAAGUGGGAAGAAGAAUCCUCCGCGAGACGAUGGGCUUCUCUGAGGUGAAACUUUCGGGUCAAAAAGACAAGAUGAGCGCAGACUGCUCGGAUCGGAUCGAGAUGACCAAAAUUGAAUCUUUUGCUCAACUUCAUCCAUAUUAUGGACGCAUCCAGAGAGAACUGCGGGCUGGAAUUCCUCCCAGAUACGAAAAGAAAGACGAAGAUUUUGAUGUUCAGAGCUACGAGGAGAAAUCAGAGUCGGGCUGGUAGAUACAUGCUUAGAUGUUGAUAAUUUAUUUAGUUAUUGACCUUUUGAUAAGUAUUACAUAUUAAAUACAUAUUGCAAUUACAAUAUAAGAGUUAGAUGCUUAGAGUAGACAGAGAUUUUAACUGUUUGUCAAUGUUAAAUCUUAUUAAUUAACAAUUUCGUUUUACUUGCAUAUACUACAUUUUCAGGAAUAUGCAUUGUAAUUUUUUAAAAACAUUGGAAUAAACUUGAACCGUUGGCAAUCUUUUGAGACAUGUA